AUGCCUGCUCCUGUCCAGCCCGAGACCGCACAGGCCCCCGAGGGCGCUCCUAGGAGCACCUUCGUCGACACCUUUGAGAGCCAGCCCGGCACUCCUGGCGAGAGGACUGGCCACCUCUUCCCCACCAUCCAGCGCAUCCGCAGCAGCAUGACCGGCGAGGCGACCGGCCCAUUGAAGAAGCUCAUGGUUGCCAACCGUGGUGAAAUCGCCAUCCGAAUCUUCCGUACUGCUCACGAGCUCGCCAUGACCACCGUCGCUCUCUACUCGUUCGAGGACAGGAUGAGUGCCCACCGAUACAAGGCCGAUGAGGCUUACCAAGUCGGUGCCGGCCUCAAGCCCGUCUCGGCCUACCUGGCCAUCGACGACAUUGUCCGCAUCGCUCUUGAGCACAAGGUGGACAUGAUCCACCCUGGUUACGGUUUCCUCUCGGAGAACCCCGCUUUCGCCAAGAAGGUGGAGGAAGCCGGUAUCGCCUUCAUCGGUCCUCGUCCCGAAACCAUCGACGGUCUUGGAGACAAGACCAAGGCUCGUGACCUCGCCCGCAAGGCCAACGUCCCUAUCGUGCCCGGUACCCCUGGUCCGAUUGCCAGCUACGAGGAGGCCAAGCCUUUCGUUGAGGAGGUCGGCUUCCCUGUCAUCAUCAAGGCUGCCAUGGGCGGUGGUGGUCGUGGUAUGCGAGUCGUCCGCAAGAUGGAGGAGUUCAAGGAGGCUUUCGAGCGUGCCGUUUCCGAGGCUCAGUCGGCCUUCGGCGACCCCACCGUCUUCAUCGAGCGAUUCCUCGACAGGCCCCGCCACAUUGAAGUCCAGCUGCUCGCUGACGGUGAAGGCAAUGUUGUCCACCUCUUCGAGCGUGACUGCUCCGUCCAGCGUCGUCACCAAAAGGUCGUCGAGGUGGCUCCUGCGCCCAACCUCCGCGACGAUGUGCGUCAGGCCAUCCUCAACGAUGCCGUCCGUCUCGCCAAGACCGCCAACUACCGAAACGCGGGUACCUGCGAGUUCCUCGUCGACCAGCAGAACCGCUACUAUUUCAUCGAGAUCAACCCGCGUCUCCAGGUCGAGCACACCAUCACCGAAGAGAUCACCGGUAUCGACAUUGUCGGCGCUCAGAUCCAGAUCGCCGCCGGUGCCACUCUGGCCGAUCUCGGUCUGACUCAGGAGACCAUCCAGAAGCGCGGUUCCGCCAUUCAGUGCCGCAUCACCACCGAAGACCCUGCCACCAACUUCCAGCCUGAUACCGGAAGGAUUGAAGUGUACCGAUCCGCUGGUGGUAACGGUGUGCGUCUCGACGCCGGUUCCGGCUUUGCUGGUGCUCAGAUCACGCCUCACUACGACUCGUUGCUCGUCAAGGUCUCGUGCCGAGGUGCCACCUACGAAGUCGCCCGAAGGAAGAUGCUACGAUCCCUGGUCGAGUUCCGUAUCCGCGGUGUCAAGACCAACAUCCCCUUCUUGUUCCGUCUUUUGACCCACGAGGCAUUCGCUACCGCCAACACGUGGACUACCAUGAUCGACGACACCCCCGAGCUCUUCAAUCUGGUCCAGACCAAGAACCGUGCACAGAAGCUGCUCGCCUACCUCGGAGACGUUGCUGUCAACGGCAGUUCCAUCGCUGGCCAGGUUGGCGAGCCUGGUCUCAAGGAGGAGAUCCAAAUCCCCACCUUCACCGACCCCAAGGACCCGACCAAGACGCUCGACACCACCAAGCCCUGCACGGAGGGUUGGAGGAACAUCAUCGUCAACGAGGGUCCCGAGGCCUUCGCCAAGGCGGUGCGAGCCUACAAGGGAACGCUCAUCAUGGACACCACCUGGCGAGACGCCCAUCAGAGUCUCUUCGCCACCCGUCUGCGAACCAUCGACAUGGUCAACAUUGCCAAGGAGACCAGUUACGUUCUCAAGAACGCCUUCUCGCUCGAGUGCUGGGGUGGUGCCACCUUUGACGUCUCGAUGCGCUUCCUGUACGAGGACCCUUGGGAGCGUCUGCGCAAGAUCCGCAAGCUCGUGCCCAACAUUCCGCUCCAGGCGCUCGUCCGUGGUGCCAACGCCGUCGGCUACACCGCCUACCCCGACAACGCCAUCUACGAGUUCAGCAAGAAGGCUGUCGAGUGCGGUCUCGACAUCUUCCGUGUCUUUGACUCGCUCAACUCGCUCGAUUCCCUCAAGCUCGGUAUCGACGCUGCCAAGAAGGCCGGCGGUGUCGCCGAAGGUACCAUCUGCUACACCGGUGACGUUGCUAACCCGAGCAAGCACCCCAAGUACACGCUCGAGUACUACCUCAACCUCACCGACGAGCUCGUCAAGACCGGCAUCCACGUUCUCGGUAUCAAGGACAUGGCGGGUCUGCUCAAGCCCACCGCCGCCAAGAUGCUCGUCGGCGCCAUCAGGAAGAAGUACCCCGACCUGCCUAUCCACGUCCACUCGCACGACACGGCCGGUAUCGCUCUCUCGAGCAUGCUCGCCUGUGCCGAGGCUGGUGCCGACGUGGUCGACGUGGCCAUCGACAGCAUGAGUGGUCUCACCUCGCAGCCCUCCAUGGGCGCGCUCGUCAGCGCUCUCGAGCAGACUGGUCUCGGUGCCGGCAUCCGCCACGAGGACAUCCAGAACCUUAACCUGUACUGGAGCCAGGUUCGUCAGCUUUACCAGUGCUUCGAGGCCAACGUCAAGGCUUCCGACUCGUCGGUGUUCGACCACGAGAUGCCCGGUGGUCAGUACACCAACCUCAUGUUCCAGUCGCAGCAGCUCGGUCUCGGAACGCAGUGGAAGGAGAUCAAGAACGCCUACAUCCAGGCCAACAAGCUCUGCGGUGACAUUGUCAAGGUGACGCCCUCGUCCAAGGUCGUUGGUGACUUUGCCCAGUUCAUGGUGGCCAACAAGCUCACCGCGAAGGACGUCGAGGAGCGAGCCGACAAGCUCGACUUCCCCAGCUCCGUCAUUGAGUACUUCCAGGGCUUCCUCGGCACGCCUCCUGGCGGCUUCCCCGAGCCCCUGCGUGGCAAGAUCAUUCGCGACAAGAAGCGUAUCGACGGCCGCCCCGGUGCCACCAUGGAGCCCAUCGACUUUGCCCAGGUCAAGAAGGACCUCACUGCCAAGUACGGCCGCUCGAUGAGCGCCACCGACGCCAUCAGCUACGUCAUGUACCCCAAGGUCUUCGAGGAGUUCCAGGGCUUCCUCGACCAGUACGGCGAUCUCAGCAACCUGCCCACGCGCUACUUCCUCGGCAAGGCGCACCCGGGUGAGGAGCUACACGCCUACAUUGACCGCGGAAAGCUGCUCAUUGUCAAGCUUCUCGCCGUCGGUGCGCUCAACACCAACAACGGUACGCGCGAGGUCUUCUUCGAGCUCAACGCCGAGCCUCGUGCGUUGACCAUCGAGGACCGAUCCGCGGCCGUCGAGACGGUCAAGCGCGAGAAGGCCUCGUCGGACCCCGGCAGCGUCGGCUCGCCUUUGGCCGGUGUCGUCGUCGAGAUCCGCGCCAAGGAGGGCCACUCGGUCAAGGCCGGCGACCCGCUCUUCAUCAUGAGCGCCAUGAAGAUGGAGACGGUUGUGUCGGCUCCUGUUGGCGGACACGUCAAGAGGGUGAUUGUGGAGCAGAACGACUCCGUCUCGCAGGGUGAUCUGCUUUGCGAGAUCGAGCACUAA